ACCACCGCCUUGUUCCAUCCUCAGUAGGUGCCCCAGUUCUUAUUUUUGACCUGAAGGCGGAAGCACUAGCACCUCAACAGCAUUUAACAGCCGCCAUUGAAGCAACCAGCGUCGACAGUCGCAAUAGCACCAAGAUCCAGCCAAAGCAAUGGCAGAUGGAGAUGAGGACUUGCCAAGAGAUGCAAAGAUUGUUAAGUCACUGCUGAAAUCGAUGGGGGUUGAGGACUAUGAACCUCGUGUCAUUCAUCAGUUUCUUGAGCUGUGGUAUCGUUAUGUUGUUGAUGUGCUAACAGAUGCACAGGUCUAUUCAGAACAUGCUGGCAAGACUACCAUCGACUGUGAGGAUGUGAAGCUAGCCAUUCAAUCAAAAGUCAAUUUCAGCUUCUCACAACCCCCUCCAAGAGAGGUCCUCCUAGAGUUGGCACGGAACAGGAACAAAAUUCCAUUGCCAAAGACAAUAGCAGGGCCUGGCAUACCACUCCCACCCGAGCAGGACACAUUGAUAAGCCCGAACUACCAGCUCGCGAUCCCAAAGAAGCAACCUGCUCAGGCAGUUGAAGAAACAGAGGAGGAUGAAGCAGGUGCAUCCGACACAAACCCAUCCCGAGAUCAGAAAACUGAUGCACCACAACAAACUCCUCAGAGAGUAUCAUUUCCCCUUGGUAAGCGUAUGACGUAAGAAUUAUAUAUUAGUUUCCUUCCCAAGAUGUAUCUGUUAUGCCGAUAUACAUUAGAUUCCAUAAUCAGUGAGGGAUCAUAAAUCUGCUUCCCAGGAGUACUUUUUUAGUUCUUAUGUAGUUACAUUAUCCAGCAUUUUAAUCUAUUAUAAGUUCUCUUCAACAAUUACAGUAGAUUGAUUCAAACCCCACAUGAGUAAUUUGAGUUGUUUCUAUUUAUGAUUCUGAAGUAUGUAAGCUAUAAAUGUGUUGUUAGAAA